CGGCACGCGCAUGCGCAUGUGGGCACAGCGGCUGCUGCGGGAUCUGGGGCUGCUGGGGCCACAGGCGCCAUGUCGGGCCGCUCAGUGCGGGCAGAGACCCGCAGCCGCGCCAAGGAUGACAUCAAAAAAGUCAUGGCGGCGAUCGAGCGCGUUCGCAAAUGGUUCUUUUUUUUUUUCUGUCUGGUUUCCCCAGAUGAGAACAGCAAUCAGAGCUCCCUUUCAGACACCUAUCAGCUAAAGGCAGACAGUAGUGCUGCUUCCAGUCCCAGUCCACAGCAAAGUGAAUCCAUGAGCCCUAGCCACACUUCUGACUUCCGCACUGACGAUUCACAGCCACCCACGCUGGGACAGGAGCCCUUGGAAGAACCUGCUCUCCCUCCAUCAGAAGUAGCUGAUGAGCCUCCAACCCUUACAAAAGAAGAGCCAGUAAAACUCAAGGCUCAGGUGAACGGAGGGGAGGAAGAUUCUGGUGCACCUCCACUUAAGAGAUUUUGUGCAGAUCAGAACUCCAUAUGUCAUGCAGCCUCUGAGAGCUAGUCAGUCUGCUUCAUCCUGUGAUGCAGUUGUUUUCAAAACUCCACCUGCCCCUCCCUCUGAAAAUACCACUGUUUGAAAGUUGGUAUUCUCCACCUCCGUGUUUCUCUCCUGUGCAGUGUCCUCCAAGAAUCAACCUGCUCUUUCCAUAACCUCUCCAGAUGAAAUGUUGCUAAUCCUGUGUUAAGAUUUGUCCCUUUUGUGCAAUCUCCUCUCAGCCACAUCCUCUUGACUUGCACGCUUAAGGAAUGAGGUGGUUACAACCUCUCUUGUAUACUUUUUAUUUAUCCUCUUUGUGAGCUUUGGGGACUGCAGCUAAGAAGGUUCCUGUAAGAAAGAGGAGUUAUCUGCACUUAACAGGUAGCUCACAAAUUCUUUCCUGUCCUUUCUCCUCCAGACAGUGAAAGAUUCUCUCUGGAAGUGAGUCAGGACCUGGUGGAAGUCUGCCUGGGAUGUUGUGCAAUAGUUGUGGGGUUAAGCCAUUAGUGCUGGAGGGAGCAAAAACUUUCCCCUCCAGGGAAGGAUAAUGGUGCUGCAGCUAAGAAGGUGUUCUAGGAAGUGAAGGCUGGGCUGCAUCUAGGUGGCUAAAGGGCUCUCCUUUGCAGUCUGGCAAAUGGGCCUCGGAGUGAAGAAUAUCUUCCCAGGUACCAAAGGGGUAUUGUCUCUGAGCAGCCCUUCUCAGGGGUGGAAUAGCCACCUAGCACAGCUAGCACCAAUCCCCUGACCCUCUCUAGUCUCUGCAGAUCUGUCCUCCCCAUCACAAUCUGCAUGUGGAACUGACUUCAUGAUCAGGGCCCUGCUGCCAUGAAAAGUGCUGGCCACGCAGGGAAGAAAAGAGAUAUUUUAGCACUGAAGAGAAUAUUUUUAAAAUUAAACUAUUUGAAAUAGUA